UCGCCUUACUUAAGAACUAACGUUAUAAUAACGAUAGGAUAACGGUAAAAGGGAACUUAGUCGACUUCUUUAAAUAUUUGUCGACUUCUCUAAACCUACUAUCCCGAUCCUACUUUAUCGAUAUUUUACAAGACUACGCUACAAAAUAUAGUAGAUUUGAAAACGAGUGCAGUGUUUUAUUUUCGAGUGCAUGCCAAGAACCGACGCGCGCGGCUUACCUCAGAACGAGUGCGCGUCAGCUGUACACGCGAGUGGGUGACACAACUGGGCCGGGAGAAGCUGUAACAGUUCCGAAGCUGUGGGAAGCCGGUUUCUGCAGGUGGAAGUGUUGUGGAAAGGUGGCGGCCGACAGGAAGUCAGCACCAGAGGCAGGACGGAUGCAGCACGAGUGUCAGCAGACGAGAUGACGAGGCGUGGUCGGCAGUGGAAGUGAGUAGUGAUGUAGUAAGGCUGAGGGAGGGCAAAGCCACUCUUGUUCGCGAUCGCCUCCUCGGGGCGAGACCAGAGGCGGCGGGACCGAUCCUAUCCUAUCCUGGAAGCGAGGUGGUGUGGUGCAAGUUUGGUAUGGCGUGGUAUGGUGUGGUGUGGUGUGGAGUGGUGGGAGUGGGAGUGGGAGUGGUGUGGUGUGGUGGUAGUGAAUAAUAAUAACAAUAAUAGUUGGAAUAAUAAGGUAUCGAGCGAGAGUGAACGCGACAGCGGCGGCGGCGGCGGCGGCAAGGGUCGAGUUGGGCUGCCGGCAAUGCGAAAAGGUUCAGAGUCAGCUGCCGGGAGAAGAUGCAGCAGCAGCAGCAGCGGUCAGCAAUCAGCAGCGGUGGCAGAGGCGGAGGCGGAGGCGGAGGCGGAGGCAAAGGCGGACAGCAGUAAGUGAAGUUCAGGUCAGAUAUGGAUGAAUGAGGCCAGCGGCGGAG